CUGACGUGGACCAAUCAGACCUCAACACAGACAUCCGCUUCAAAGACCUUCACUAUCGUCACCCACCCAGCACCAGUCUCUGAGAUGGAGAGAUCAAGAGCUGUUCUCAUCACUCUCGUCUGUGUUUUGUUCUCCAGGAUCUCUGGAGUAGAAGUGGAGAUGAGAGUCAGACCAGGAGACAACGUGGUUCUCCAUAGCGACUGUGUUUGGAAGAAGGGUUUUAAUACAGUUUGGUUUAGAAACGCCUCAAAUGAGCAAGUGGUUUUCCAUGAAGAGGCUCAUCCACGUUACUCUAUUGUGUGGAAUCCUUUCAAUCGAGCCAGCGAUCUGCUGGUGAGGAACGUCAGUGAGUCAGACCUGGGCUUGUACCACUGCGCUUUACAGAAGAAGAGUUCCGCCAAAGAUAAAACUCAGGCUUGUUCUUGGGAAGAUGUUUGUGUUUAUGGAAACAGAACCACUCGAGUCUCCUUCCUUGACACACUCCAGAUCCCCUCCACCCCUUCUGUAUCAGACUGUAGCGUCUGCUGGAAGCUGCUGGUCAGUGUGUGUCCUGUGUGUGUUCUCCUCUCCUCCACCUGUGUGUGCUGCAUCUGCAGGUACACAACUACAGUGGGGAGGAAACAUGAUUCAGCAGAGCCUUCCUGUGACAAUACAAAGAAUCCAACAAGUAGAAGACAGGACAAGUGUCUGCAGGUUGGAGGAGAUGAUGUUUGUUAUGCUUCGUUGGACCACCAGAACAGAGGCCAGAAACGGCUGAAGAAAAAGAGAGAUCAGAGCUCUGACUUCACUACGUAUUCUGGGGUUAUAUAUUCUGGUAAACUAUAAAACUGUUUAAAAGUAUCUCAACAUUCAGAGGACUGAAGAGUCACGAACAGAAUUGUUCAUUUGAAUGGAUAUCAGAAAUG